CAGUUUUCACCCUUUCUUCCUCUAUAAUCUUCUUUCUUUUCUCACCAACCAUGGCCUUGAAGAAAACUCUAUCCAUUGUUUUCAGCUUGCUUUUUAUCACAUAUCUACUAAACCUUCCAUCUAUUGAUGGAAGACAACUGAUGAGUUAUGAUGCUAAGGUUAAAAGUAGUUACGUCUUUAACAUUCCACCACCUCAAAACUCAAACAACACAAAUAUUGUUAAUAAAAGUGAUCCUCAACACAGCACUCCCCCAGCUCCUCGAUCUAACACUCCCAUUCACAAUUAAUAUCUUAUGCUUAUAAAGGUAUGUGUUCUCAUUCUUUUUUUUUUCUUUUUCUUUUUUGCUUGUAUCGGUUUUCUUUUGCACCUUUGCAAUGGAGUCCUUUGUGUUCGUGUUGUGUCCAUCUCAAUCAUUGAGUGUUAUGAUUUUUUAUUGCAGGUCUAUGCAGUUGAUUGCAAAACUAUGCUAGUUUUGCAAAUGAUCUUACUAAUUUAGUAGUUUCUUUUUUAUAAAAAUGAAAAUCUUAA